UUAUAGGUUUAGAGACAUAGUUAAAAUGUCCAUAGACGCUGGUUCACAUCAAAUAUUGGCGAAGGUAUAUUACAGUGGUCAUGCAUUCUCACUUCACCUGGAACAUACAAUACAAAUGGAGGAGUUAUUUACAAUGGUGCGAUUGAAUUGUAACUUUCCCGAUGCUCAAGUUUUUACUUUAAAGUGGAUGGAUGAUGAGGGAGACCCAUGCACCAUAUCUUCACAGCUUGAAUUAUCAGAAGCGCUGAGGUUGUACAGGCAUAACAACGAAACUGUUUUACUUUUCCAUAUAUUUCUUGGUAUUCCUGUGGAACCUGGUCUAUUGUGUCCAGGAGAACACAAGUUGUACAGGCACGGUGCGCGAAGGUGGUACAAGUUAAAACGGAUAUUACGGCAGAUAAAGAAACCAAAACAUCCAAGAAUUCCUAUCGAAAGUGGACCAAUAUUAGAUUCAGGUGACAGCCAAGACAGUAAGGCAAGCUCAGACCAAGCGAGUCCAAAUGCUCCCGGGUUUGGCUUGAAAGACUUUGAGAUGCUUAAGGUGAUAGGUAGAGGGAGCUACGCUAAAGUUUUACUGGUCAAGUUAAAAUCUACGGACAAAAUGUAUGCUAUGAAGGUAAUAAAGAAAGAGUUAGUGACUGAUGAAGAAGAUAUAGAUUGGGUGCAAACAGAGAAACAUGUUUUUGAAACUGCCUCAAAUUAUCCUUUUCUUGUCGGCCUUCAUUCUUGUUUUCAGACACCAGAGCGUUUAUUUUUCGUCAUUGAAUAUGUUAAUGGUGGAGACUUAAUGUUCCAUAUGCAACGUCAGCGUAAACUACCCGAAGAACAUGCAAGAUUUUACGCAGCGGAAAUUGUCCUAGCAUUGCAUUUCUUGCAUGAGAAAGGAAUCAUAUACAGAGAUUUGAAACUAGAUAAUGUUUUGCUGGACAGCGAUGGACAUAUCAAGCUAACUGACUACGGGAUGUGCAAAGAGGGAAUAAGGAAAGGUGUCAACACGUCAACUUUCUGUGGGACGCCCAACUACAUCGCACCUGAGAUUCUACGUGGAGAGGAUUAUGAUUUCUCCGUGGAUUGGUGGGCACUAGGUGUCCUCAUGUUUGAAAUGAUGGCUGGCCGAAGUCCGUUCGAUAUUGUUGGAAUGACCGAUAAUCCAGAACAAAAUACUGAAGAUUAUCUUUUCCAGGUUAUUCUAGAAAAAGUGAUUCGAAUCCCACGGUCUCUGUCUGUCAAAGCUUCAUCUGUGUUGAAAGGCUUCUUAAACAAGAUACCAGUGGACAGGUUAGGCUGCAACCACGAAAGUGGUUUCCAAGAUAUUCUUGAUCAUCAAUUCUUUCGCACAAUUGAUUGGGAUCUUUUGCAAUCGAGACAAGUGGUUCCCCCAUAUAAACCUAACAUAGAGGAUGACCUGGGAUUGGAUAAUUUCGACAAACAGUUUACCCAGGAACCUGUACAACUAACACCCACUGAGGCGACUGUUAUUGGGAAAAUAGAUCAAGCAGAUUUUGAAGGGUUUGAAUACAUUAACCCACUUCUAAUGACGAGUGAUGUUGCUGUGUGAUGUCAUAAUGGCUAUUGUGAUGUCAUAAUGAAUGCUGCAGUGACCUGCCCCACUGUACCUACCUCUGUGCGAUGUCUUACCUUUAGGAAACUAACGCAGCAGUGAUACAAGCCUGAAAAAGUGAAGCUGAAUGCUGAUUUUCAGAAUCUAAAGCCCUUUGCCCAUUAGGAACUUGUCAAGUGAUGAGAAUGUAUUUUCUCAACAUAUUUUAAACUUUUUUUGGGUGAAUUUAUGUUUUUUUUGCGGCCUCCUGAUCCAAAGAUUCCGCUAUCAAAUUUCUCUUCAACUGUUUCAGUUCUGCAUUUCUUUCGUAGAUUUUAAACAUCAGAUAUUUACGAUAGACGUUUCUGCUCCAAUUCCACAUAACAAUUUUCAUUAUCAGUUCAAGCACAUUAAAUAUAUAGUAGGGUGGGGGAAUAUGGAACACCUUUUAAUUCAGUUUUCUCAUCCCAGUUGGUAGUAAACAAAUAGCAUUCAAAGAAUUAUAAAACCAGAUCCUCAGAACUCCCAUAGGCCAAUAUUAAAAAAACGGGAUCAGGUUAUUUGGAUCUUAUGUGCUAUAGGUGUCCCAUCUUUUCCCACUGUACUAUAUUGUGCUUGUUUUAAUCAUUCAGUCUCUUAUAAUUGUUUUCUUUAUACAUUCAGUUACUUAUCCAGUUUGAAAUAGUCUUUUUAAGACUCACCAGGUACAUUGACUUUGCAUUUGAUAUAGGAAUUGUAGUUUUAUUUUGUUUUACACAUUUCUUUUCUCUUAGUUGUCACUAAUCACUGAUCACUAGACAAGCCAGUAUAAUCACUAAUUGCAACUUACUUUUUCUGCUGUAUUAGACCUUGCAAUUUAUAUUUUUCAUCUUUAACCUGUUAUUUUUUUAACCCGACAAUUCUAAACGGUACCGAAAAACAAGCCUGGUGGGAAAAACUUUUGCUACACAAUUUUAUACCGAAAUCAUGUGUUUUUUUGAUAGAAAUAUUAUUUGUUUGGUGCAUGAGGUCCUUUAUUUCAAUUCUUUCUUAUCAGUGCCUUGUUAGAAUGACCAAACAGACUUAAUUCUCUGCACACACUUGCAAACAUAGUCACAAAGUAGGCCACGCAAUAUGGCCUAUUUCAACCUAGUGUUUACAUUACAAAACACUUUGUUUUUAAAUCUGCACACUGAAUUAUCUAACAUUGUUUCCUUUUCUGCUAGUGGCACACAGUCUGUUUAAAAGCCAGUACUGUAAACAUAAUUAUAUUAUGAAACAGUUUUUUACAUAGAAUAAAAUUGCAUUUAACAAUUAUAUACAAUUUUUUCAUUCAAAUGACAUUUAUAAAAUCAUUUGUUUCGAAAGUAGUAAUCCUACAAGGCUUUAACUAAGCAUUUUGUUACUUUUUUUCAAUCUAAUGUGGUCCAUACAAUUUUCCAUUAGCUUUUAUAUUAUUAUUUUCAGAUAAAAUCGUGCUUAGGGCAAACCUUGACUUUGUAAAUACAGAUCACAAACCAUUUUCCUUUUUUUAAUCUUUUGGUCUAAGUGUAAGGUUUCUGAACUAUAUACAUAGCCAAUUGUAUUUUUACGUCUUUACUUUGCAUGUCAUUUACGGUCAUAGCGUUUUAUUUAUUGUAUUACAUUAAUUAAAUCAUUAAACAUGUUUUUCUAAUCAAAAUACAG